AUGGCAAUUACGGCGACUAGACUUGCCUCUCUCACUCUCUUGUGGAUUAUCGUCCUCUUCGUCACACUUGCUCUCAUACAGUUCAAAUUGGGUGAUGUUGCGGAUCCUACGGUCAAUGAGAAGAUUGCUGAUCAGGUAGGAGAGGAAUUAGAGGGAGUCACGCACAAAGUUUACUUUGACAUUCAGAUCAAUGGUUCACCAGCAGUUCAUGAUUUGGUUCAGUUGCUUAAUUCACAUAAGUGGGAAGGGAAGGUUUGUGCUGUUUUGAAAGUGUUAGUCUUUGAAUUAGAAAAAAAGUAUUUUCCUUUUUGCGAAUACACACUGUUGUCACUAAGUGGGCGGAUUCUCAUCGGGCUUUUUGGGAAGAUAGUUCCUAGAACCGCAGGUACAGUUUUCAAAUUAAGAGUGAUGAAAUAUCUUCACAUUGUCUCUCUGUUCUUGCCGUUGAGGCGUUUUUUUCUUUACCGAGUCCAUGAUUCUUCGUCUUUUGCAGAGAACUUUCGAGCACUUUGCACGGAGAAGAGAGUCUUUUUGGGGUUUGAUGUUUAUCCUCCUUUCGGUGCAGGAGAGAAAGGAGUUGGGAACAUGGGGAAACCUCUUUAUUUCAAAGGAAGUAGCUUCCAUAGGAUCAUUCCUAGCUUCAUGAUUCAGGGUGGAGAUUUUACACGAGGCGAUGGGCGUGGUGGAGAGUCCAUCUAUGGCGAUAAAUUUGCAGAUGAGAACUUCAAACUCAAACACACUGGACCAGGAGUAUUAUCGAUGGCAAACUCGGGACCAGAUUCCAACGGUUCACAGUUCUUCAUCACAACCGUCACCACGAGUUGGUUGGACGGACAUCACGUUGUGUUUGGGAAGGUAUUGUCUGGCAUGGAUGUAGUGCGCAAGAUCGAAGCGCAGGGACAAGACAGUGGAGAGCCCAAAGGGAAAGUUCUCAUUUUGGACAGUGGCGAGGUUUCUUUGUAA